AUGGCCGACUCCCUCAUGACAACGGCGAGGUGUCAGGUCACGAGGGUCGCCCGCCGCUCCCCUCGUACCGUCUCAUUGGGUCAUCUUCGGAUCUCACGUGUCAUGCAAGUUCAUCACUCCCGGAGUUCUGGAUCUUUCGCCUCUGCAUUGUCACGUGACUUCGAGUUCUUGUGUGAUGUCAUGUUACGUGUCAUAAUAGAGAGAAGCCGAAACAGGAGCAGUGCGACACGACGCAGACCAAUCCAAGUACGAGAGCCGAACCAGAGGAUAACGGAGCACACGAGAGACCAUAAGCGAGGAGUAUCAGAGAGUAGACCGAAACAGAGAGAUGCCAGGAGACCGAGAGACCAAAACAGAAUCAGAGAGAAGCAGAGACAGAGUAGACCGAAAGAGACACGCGGAGACCAUCAGAGAACCAAACAGAAGUCAGAGAGAAAGCAGGGACAGAGAUCCGGAAAAGAGAAGCUGGAGAGACUUGAGAGACCAAUAACAGAAUCGAGAGAGAAGGCAGAGACACGAGACCGUAAACGAGAAGCGGAGACCGCAAGAGCCCAAACGGAAUCAGAGAGAAUCAGAGAGGUAGACCUGCGAAACAGUAGUAAGCAGAGACCGGAGACGCAACAACAGAAUUCAGUAGAGAAGCAGAGACGAGACUGA